AUGGCCAUCGGCAUCUCGCUCUCGCAGCUUAUCGACGAUAGCCCGCCGCCACUGCGAAGCGGUGUCGCUGCACUCGACGACGCGCUAGGCGGUUGGCACUCUCGGUGCAUCUACGAGCUGUUUGGGCCCCCGGGCACGAGCAAGACACGCAUCGCACAAUCCCUCGUUCAGAGCGAGAUGGCACGUGACGGCACGUGCUUGUGGGUCGACGCUCACGUUCACACACCAUUGGAGACCCUGGCUUCGCCGUCGCAGUCCGCGCGACCUGCCGAGGCCGACGCACAAUCCCGGGCCAGCGAUGCCGAGGGCGAUGAGCGCGCCAGCUCCGAAUCACCGUCCCGCGGACUGCAUCGAACGCGCCUGACAUCAUUCGCGCAGUACGUUUUUUUCUUUCAGAAUCUGCGAGAGCGCUACGAGCUUGUCGUUCUGCAGGGCUUCUCGCAGGUGCUCACAGACUAUAUCCACGCACGCGCAGCAAUGCCGCUGCCGCGCGCGGACUCUGCGCACGCGAUCAAAGUCAAGAGCCUGAUUACCCUUUUCACGCUGAUCACCAAAUACGCGCACGCGUAUAACGCCACGAUAGUGCUCGUGAGCGACGCGAUGAACACCUCGUAUAUGGGUGGAGUGCAUCACGUGCCGCAGGAGCAUGUGACUUUCGCGGACGACUCUCGGUUUCUGAUGCGCGCGCUGAAGCGGCGGCCCGUACAGGUGCUGCGGAGCGCGCUGGUUGCGAACCUAGGCAUAGGCCCGCACGACCACCUGUGGGAGGUUUUCGUGCGGCGCCGCGUCGCUUUGAUGUGGGACUGGGAUUGGCGCACUCCGUUUCGACGCGUCCCGCGACGCAUGGAGGUCGCGUUGGUAUACGACCCUGCGCGUUCCGCGGCGGCGCUGGCGCGCGUGGAACUGCAGGAUGGCAGUGCCCUCGCGCGCGAGCGCGGGCGAGAGCGCGAACAAAACGACCAAGAGGGGGCGGCGGACCACGUGAUCCUCUCGUCGUUUUCCAGUAAUAUGUCGCCGCCGCAGCUGUCACCUGGCACGGAGCCGCCACGCAAGCGGGCGAAGCCCGCGGCGUGGCAGGGCCCAUCCGAAGACCGCUGCCGCGCGUCACAAGCUCUACCACUCACGCCGAGGUUCCAAGAGCUGCGCGCGCGAAACACCGACCCCCGCGCCAGCGCGGACGUGCUUUACGACAGUGAGGGUUAG